AUGAAGAGGAAGGAGAGGGGAAGAGAAGAAGGAGAGGAUUUGGAUUUCGUGAUCGGCAGUGAUGGCAGAGUAUACGAAGGCCGAGGGUGGGGAGUUAGCGUUCCGGAACCCUACAACCAUCCAGAACUGAUAAACACCAGAUACAUUAUUGGUUUCCUGGCAGAGGACUUCAUCUACCCUCACGAAGCCCCAGAGAACAUUGCGCUGAAGAAAUUGAUAGAGUAUGGUAUCAAGCAUGGGUGGUUGGCUCCAGACUUCGCCUACUACCAGUGGGACGAUGUACCAUACAAGAUGCCACCCAAUAUAGAGGGGUGGACUAGACAGCUGGAUUUCUUUAAAUAUCCUAGUAAACUAUUGAAAGAUAAUCCUUUAAAAUAAAGGUUUUUAUCUCAACCUUUAA